UUUGGCACUAAUCUGAUUAAGCUCCUGGGAAACACUCCCUCUGUUCCAGUCCCACUCGUGGUAUCGAAGCUUUCACAAGUUUCAUUGGUGUUCAAGUUUCACACCUUAUAGUGGCGUCACACGGCAGCGAGAUGAAGACGAGGCCGACGGGUGACACCAGCAACGCCGACUGGAUGGGAUCCCUGAGUCCUUCACUCAGCGCCAUGCCGCUCAAACACCUCGCCGUUCCUGGUUCUCACGACUCGUUUAGUUUCUGGUUGGACGAACAGGCUCCUGUCGGCCCCGAUCAGAAGAGGGUCGUCAAGCACCUAGCGUACGUGUUUCGACUGCUGGCCAAAAAAGUGAUGAAGAAAUGGUCCAUGACCCAGAAUCUGACCUUCAGGGAGCAGCUGGAUGGCGGCAUUCGCUACUUUGACCUCAGAGUCUCGUCUAAACCCGGAGAAACGGACCACGAGGUCUAUUUCAUCCACGGCCUGUUUGGGCUUAGAGUGCGAGACGGACUCAACGACAUCAACGUCUUCCUGAACGCUCACCGCAAAGAGGUCAUCUUCCUGGACUUCAACCAUCACUACGCCAUGGACGCUAAGCACCAUCGCUACCUGAUUAACAUGCUGAAGGAGGUUUUUGGAUCGAAGCUGUGCAAGAUCAGCAUGGUGGAGGACAUCACACUGGACUACCUGUGGGAAAAGAAGUAUCAGGUGCUGGUGUUUUAUCAUCACCCGUCUGCAGAACGCUGCCCGCUGAUGUGGCCUGGCAGUAACAUCCCAGCGCCGUGGGCCAACACCACAGACACCACCAAACUCAUUCAGUUCCUGGAGACCACGCUGAGAGAGAGGGCAAAGUACGGCAGCUUCCACGUGUCCCAAGCCAUCCUCACUCCGCGCAUCAAGACCAUCAUGAGAGGCCUGGUCCAGGGGCUGCGCAACUACCUGGUAGAGAAGAACUUGCCGGUCAUCAUGGAGUGGGUGGAGACGCAGAAACCGGGCGUGAACGGUGUGAACAUCAUCACCUCAGACUUUGUGGAGCUGGUGGACUUUGCCAACACCGUUAUCAGACUCAAUGACCUCCUUCUCCACCCACCAGACCAGGCAGUCACAUGACCUCUACAGCACUCUGAGGACAUCACAUGAGACCACCAUGGAGUUUAGAGAUCACAUGACCACCACCAUCAUCAUCAUCAUCAUCAUCAUCAUCAUCGUCGUCAUCACUGACCAGCUAUUACUGUAACUUCAAAAUUAUUGCCACCCUUUCUUAAAAUGAGUGAAUGUUAAUAUGAAUUAUUGUAUGUAGUAUAACUUAUUUUCUUAUGUAGAGCAUAAAAGCACUAUGUUAAGCAGAAGCCCCCUCCUGGGUAAAUAUAUUUAAACCCAUGCAAAGCCCAUGGUCAGCCAACACCUCAUGUCACACACAAGCCUCUGGCUGGGCAGGGAAAAGCCCUCUGUAGCCAAAGCCCCAUGUUGAGCCCAUGGUUGACCAAAGCUAGUG